CUGCAAUCCUGCUCCUGUGCCUUGGACUCAGCACUCGGUAGGGGGGCUGUGGUCGCAGGAUCUCUUCUCUCUGCUCUUGUCCAGAAGCAAUCUGCUGUCAUGAGCAGCCACUCACCCCCUGCAUCCAAAGGGAACGACAGCAAGAGGUUCAAGAGGGACGGCAGGAGCACCGAGGGCUCGUCGAGAGUGAUCCACAUCUACAGACUGCCAAGCGGUGUCACCGAAAGAGAGGUUCUCUCUCUGGCGCUGCCGUUCGGGAAGGUGUCCAACCUACUGUUUCUGAAGGAGAAGAACCAGGCCUUCAUGGAGAUGAACACAGAGGAGGCCGCCAACACCAUGGUCAGCUACUACACCUGUGUGACUCCUGAGCUGCACGGGCAGCCGGUCCACAUCCAGUUGUCCUGCUACAAAGAGCUCAAGGUGAGAAGAUCCCGCAGCAAGGAGGGUGCCUCUAGCCAGGAGGGUGAGCCCAGGCAGGCAGGUGCCUCCGGCCAGGUGGGUGCCCAGCCAGGCCUGCCAGCUGAGAGCUCAGACCAGGCAGGAAAUGUGGGCUCGGCCUCCGCAGCCGCUGCUGUGGACACAGGGAGAGUGGUGGCCAGGCGCACCCCUGUGCUCAGGAUCCUUGUGGAGAACUGCUUCUGUCUCGUGACCUUGGAAGUGCUGCACAGGCUCUUCUCCAGGUUUGGCACAGUUCUGAAAAUCAUCACAUACAUUAAGAACAACCGGUUCCAGGUGCUGUUGCAGUAUGCGGACCCGCUGAGUGCCCAGCGUGCCAAGCUGUUCUUGGAUGGGCAGAACAUCUACGACGCCUGCUGCACACUGCGCAUCACCUUCUCUGGCUUCACUAACCUCACAGUCAAGUACAACAACGACAAGAGCCGCGACUACACGCGCCCAGACCUGCCCUCCGGGAACAGCCAGGCCUUGCUAGCCCAGAACAGAGCCACAGCCCUCGGUGCCCCCGUCGCCAUCUCAGCUUCUUCCUGUGCAAGCACUGGAUGGCCUCACACCUUUGCAGUCCCUCAAGCUGCAGGCUUUGCCUAUGUUCCAGAGGUGUGCAGGGCCCCGGCGCCCCUGGCCGUGCCAGAAGUGGCUGUGGCAGCGGCGGCAGCAGCUGGAGCAGAGAGCCAAGUCAUCACCUCAGGCUCCCCGGCUCUGGCGAACGCUGUCCUCCUCGUUGCCAACCUCAACCCUGAGAAAGUCACUCCCCAAAGCCUCUUCAUUCUGUUCGGCGCCUAUGGCAAUGUGCAGCGGGUGAAGAUCCUGUACAAGAAGAAGGAGAACGCGCUGGUGCAGAUGGCCAAUGGGAGCCAGGCUGAGCUGGCCUUGAGGCACCUGAACGGGCACAAGCUGCAUGGCAAGUCUCUCUGCAUCGUGCUGUCCAAGCACCAGAGCGUGAAGCUGCCCCGGGAGGGCAAGGAGGACCAGGACCUCACCAAGGACUAUGUCAACUCGCCACUGCACCGCUUCAGGAAGCCCGGAUCCAAGAACUUCCAGAACAUCUUUCCGCCCACUGCCACGCUGCACCUCUCCAACCUGCCCACCUCGGUCUUGGAGGAAGACCUCAAGAAGCUCUUCUCCAGUGGCGGGGGUUCUGUCAAGGCUUUCAAGUUCUUCCCAAAGGACCACAAGAUGGCGCUGAUCCGAAUGGGCUCGGUGGAGGAGGCCAUACAGGCUCUGGUGGAGCUGCAUGGUUAUGCCCUAGGCCAGAGCAACCACCUGCGAGUCUCCUUCUCCAGGAUCACCAUCUAGAGGACCCUGCUGGGCUCACUGCAGACAGCUUCCACCACUCGAGGAAAGGACACUUGAAAGGCCACUGGAGUGACCUUAACACUUGCUACUGGAGA